GAAUAGUCUUCUAGUGAAGCAAAAGGAAUUUGUUUGAAAAUGAAACUUCACAUCUAGUACCAUGCGCAUGUGGUCAAGGCGCAUGAUAGAAACUAAGAAGAGCAACAGGUGGACUUAGUUUCCGCUUCUUUCGCGGUUUCAUCAAUUGAGUGCGAUUAGUAGUCAGUGCUUGACCACAAGUAGAACUUUGCUCGCCGCCCUGCAUCACGAUCCGGCGAGGAACAUGAAGCCGGGCUCCGUGGGUGGCGCGGGCGCGCGCCUAAACCACGGAACGGGAGGCAAUUCGGCGGCCAGUGCGCCCAUAACUACUCCCCACCGCAGCAGCCCUCUAUCCCAGGUCGCGGGAAACGCAGUGCUGAAAUGGCGCGGCGUCUUCAAUUCCGGAGGGUCUUCAAGCAGCACGGCGGAAACACCGUAAGAGGAACCUUGGUUGAUAGAUCUGCAAGAAGUUCAUGACGCGUAUGCUUAUCCUUAUGCUCGCGCGGCAGGUUUCAUGUUGUAAGUACUUCCUCCUUGAUUUGGUAAAAGUAUCGUAUACCAACUUUUAUCUUCUAACAAAGCCCGGCUCCGUGGUAGGUCUAGGUUGGCAAUUUGUUUCACGAACCACACCAACAGAGUUUUAUUUGGUCUUCGUGCUGACAGCUACGCCUUGGACGACUUCAUAUACUUAUUCAUCAUUCUACCGAAAUAAACAGUCCUCCGCGCGUGCUCCCCGGAACGACCCCGGUGACUGGCACGACCAAGAACGGUAACUCGUUUUCCGAGUCGGAGGACGCAUCCGGCGGCGCGGUAUCAAAUGCAAAAAUGUCUGGGUCUGGAAGAGUCAUGCUGUUUUUGCAUGACACAGCAGGUCUGGCAUGGACGAUCUAGCAUCACAGGUUUCGAGGAGCUUCCGCAAUGCCCAUGACAAAUCCCCCAUUUUGCUGGCAGAAAGUGGGCAGCUUCUGCUACCUAUGCACGAGAAAUUUUUCUGUGUUCUGAAAUGCGCAUCACAAGUUUGUAUUCUUCCAAACCCAGACAUUUUUGCACUCCAUACGCGGCCACGAACAGCAACAGCUACAACGAGCACCAGGCGCUUUCCCGCGCCGCCUACGACCUGGACGAGCUUCUGGCGAAAGUAAACGCAGCAAAGGCCGCCGGGUUACCAGGAACAACCGGCUCUGGUACUUCCACUGCGGAAAACGGAACUGGCGGUCUCGGCGGCGGGGAUCAUGGCACGACAAUAUCUUCAAGCGGCGGCGCAGCUGGAACAGGAGCAACGGGGCCUUUGCAGCCAGACGGGGCCACGACCGCAACGGGUGCCCCACAUCAACACGUGAACAUCGUCGGCGGCGGGACGAAAGUGCAGCUCGGCGAGCGCAGCAACCUGUUUUCGACCAAGAUGGAGCCGCGACGCGGCGGCGCGAAGAUGAAGCUGACUAGGCCCGGCAGCACCAACUCGUCGCAGGAUCCGCACCAGGUGCUACCCUUAAGCUCGGCGCUCGGCGGGAGUAACAACAACAAUAACAGCCACAAUUCCUUUCUGAACGACGGCGGCGGAACAACCGGAAACCACCACCCAACGACCAAGCCGCUCUACGGAAAUGGUGCACAGAACAACAACGGCCCCCGAGGGGCGCCGCGGCGGGCCGGGAACGCGAAAACGAACCUCGCGAACGGACAUUUCAGCAACUCCUCCAAGGAGUCGGACCACAACGCCAGCACCACAUACAACACCUCGUCCUCCGGUGGGGACAGCAUAUCAAAUGUAAAAAUGUCUGGGUCUGGAAGAUUGCGAGGCUUCUCAUGCUUGUCUGGCAUGACUCUUAAAUCUGUCAUGCACGUUACCCAAGAGCUCCAUUUUUCUGUCAUGCAGAGACGCAGUUUGUCAUGCAGAAUAGGCAACACCUAGAAGCUCAGAAACUUGCCAUGCUGAGCCAGCAUUUGCGGCCUCCUCACGAUACGCCACCCAGCAUCACAAGUUUCCAGACCCAGACAUUUUUACAGUUGAUACAGCAGUUCCGGGGGCAACGUCUCGUCUUCGAACAACUCGCUAAACGGAGACGUGAACAACGGGUCCAGUAUAUCCUGAGUAAAAACGUCCCCACCCCAGAGUUGUCAUGCAGAUUUGCGACUACAGGAACAUCUGGCAUGCGCAGACCCAAGAGAGGCAUUUUAUUUUUAAGUCGUGUUUUGGUAUUUGUAAUGCUGAAAACAGGAUGAGCAGAUGGAUUUGUGAUGCGAUUUCCGUUGCUAACCUGCACUACACUACGGACUGCAACUUGUCACGCAUGCGUCCCAAAACUUCUGGAUUUGUGUUGCCAAGUUCCCAACUUGACUAUGGGGUGGGGACGCUUUUACAUAUGAUACAGUAACCAGCCGGGCGGGACGAGGAACAGCAGCACCGCCUCCGGCGGGGGGGGACCACAUUUCGGCGGUAGUGGGGAGCAGCAGCCGGGCGGGGCGGGCGGCAGCAACCAAAACACGCGCGAGCGUCGGCCCUUUUCCUUCUUGAAUCCGCCCGGCGGCGCGCAAGUGAAGAGGCGGAAGACCACUGUCUUCCGCGACGACCGCUCGCACAUCGACUCGAGGCAAGUGGUGAACCGGCUGCUGCUCGCGAGCCUGGAAGCGGCCCAGGCGGGGGGAACAACUGCGGCGAAUGUGAAACGCAAGUGCGGGUGGGCACCUCCGCCGACCGCGGUGCUGUUUCCUCCAAAAGACGACGACUUCCUGCUGUCGUCCGAUGUCAGCAGUACUACUUAGAGCCUUAUCGAACAAAAAAGGGUGGAUACAUGUUGAAUACAAGAUCAAUACUGCCACGAAAAUCGAACAACGGCAGUGAUCUUUUUCUGUGUUUCUUCCAUCCUUCUUGUUUCAAGUAUAGCUAUAGUUACUAUACUGCUGGUCACCACCAGCAAAAAAAGUCCUGGUGGUCACCACCGGCAAAAAAAGUUGAGGUGGUCACUUCAACAUUCCUCGGAUGAGAGAAGUUGAGGCGCUCACUUCAAUUCUCCUCCGUUGAGGGAAAGUUGAAGUGGCCACUUCAACUUUCCUCGGAUGAGAGAAGUUGAGGCGCUCACUUCAAUUCUCCUCCGUUGAGGGAAAGUUGAAGUGGCCACUUCAACUUUCCUCGGAUGAGAGAAGUUGAGGCGCUCACUUCAAUUCUCCUCCGUUGAGGGAAAGUUGAAGUGGCCACAGACAUCAACUUUCCUCGGAUGAGAGAAGUUGAGGCGGUCACUUCAAUUUUCCUCCGUCGCGGGAAAGUUGAAGUGGCCAUUUCAACUUUUCUCGGAUGAGAGAAGUUGAGGUGGCCACUUCAAUUUUCCUCCAUUGAGGGAAAGUUGAAGUAGCCACUUCAACUUUCCUCGGAUGAGAGAGGUUGAGGUGGUCACCUCGAUUUUCCUUCGAUGAGGCAAAGUUGAAGUGGCCACUUCAAAUCUGCUUCGAUGAGGGAAAUAUGAAGUGGCGACUUCGAAUUUCCCUCGAUGAGGGAAAGUUGAAGUGGCCAUUUCAAAUUAAUUUCCUUCCUUCGAUGAUUCAGCGGGCGCGCGGUGCUCGUUUGCCUUCGAAUCUAUGCAACGCCACUGGCUGCGUAUGGGGUGAGUAAAUGUGCGCGCGCACGAGCGCGCGCGCGAUAUUUUUUUGGUUCUACGGCUUGCCACAGCCUGGUGCCCUGUGUCUUGGUGGAAUGAACUAACUUUGCGCGCUUUUUGAACUUACUCCCUUGAAUCCCUUGAAAAGUGGCGCUGUACUCCUACUCCCUUGGGUGGCGCCAGACACUAAUAAACCUAUAUAGUACGCACCAGGUAGACUUCCUUCCAGUCACCACCGCUGACAGAUUCUCAUCAAGAAUGGAAGCCGCGUGUCCCCUUUUUUUAACUUCUCCACUUUACUACAACAGGCGUCGAUGGCCCCACGGCACACGGGCUCGGUUCCGGCGCGAGCGGGUUUCCUCAGGACACAUCGCAACUUCUGGAUUUCAGUGCGAAUUUCGAAUCUGCGAACCUGCUCCACGCCGCGCACGUGGAGGUGAAUGGGGCCGAGGACCACAACAGCUCGCCUUGGAUCACCCCUGGAAAGGAGGUGGAGACGAGCCACGUCGAGGCGCCGCACGGCAUCGUCGCGGAGUACGAGCUGCAGAUGCGCUCGGACUCGCAAGUUCCGAUAGACCGGGCCACCUGCCAGUGGUUUCUGUUCGCCGUGAAGAACAAAGCGCCCGGGAAGAGCUACCGUGCGCGGAUGAAGAUCUGGAACUUCCGCAAGCCCAAAUCCUGCUACCAGGUCGGGCUGCAACCCUACAUCUACCGCGUCAAGACCGGGAAGGACACCAUCGACAACGUGUGGAGCGGCAGCUCCUGCCGCAACGUCGACUACGCAUGCUACGACCCGACAUCGGCGUCGACAGGAGCCACCAAGGCAGAUCCGUCGGGGCGGGGAAGAUGGUACUUAGUUGAUAAAGUGAUGACGGAAAGCUAAUUCGCAUGCAGGAGCAGGACCACAAGGUCUCUCUCUGAGUAUGUACUUAGAUGUAGAUUGAAUAAUUGCACAUGAUUCAUGGGUCUCGUAUGUAAAGAAAACCCGUAGAGGUCGUGAACCGGGAAAGAUAUGAUAAAGAAGACGGACUUAGGGUUCAAAAAUGAAAGUGUGAAACCAACAGGGGUCCUCUCUACAACGUCGGGAACCCUCUCGGCGUCGAGAAGCAGCCGACCAUUCUCCCCACCGGAGCGUACAGUGGCGACACUUUCCCCGCGCUUCCAAAGUCGGAAUACUACCAGCUUUCCUUCGACGUGGAAUUCGAGCACGAUGACGAAGUUGUCUUUUUCGCGGCCUACCCCCCAUACACCUACACGAUGCUGCUGCGGUUUCUGCGCGAAGUUGACCAGCUGAAUUCCCCAAACAUCGCCAAGAAGGAAAUUGGCCGCACCCUGGCCAACAUACCGGUGCCGCUCUUGAUUGUGACCAACCCGAAGGUGCAGGGCAGCAGCAAGAAGGACGUCGUCGUGAUAGCAAGGCAGCACCCCGGCGAGUGCGUGGGCAGCUGGGCCGCCCAGGGCUUCAUAAAAUUCCUGAUUGGCAACAGCAGUCUGGCGAACCUGCUCAGGACGACGCACGUGUUCCACAUCGUGCCAAUGGUCAACGUGGACGGCGUGGUGUACGGAAACAACCGCUGUACCUUGCUGGGCGUCGAUCCGAAUCGAUGCUGGGUGGAACCGAAUGCGGUACGUAUUUUUAGACUUUGAUUUUUCUGUCUAAUGGAAAAUCACGUCUAUAAGAUUUUGUAGAUCUUUUUCGUGUUUUUCGAUUUUUCAUGAGACACGAUCGAACUACCUUGGGAGCGCGUGCGCGAAGAUUCAAUUCCUUGUUAAUUAAGAAACUACUACAAAGUUGUUCUGUGCUAGAUGAACGCGCUCGUAGGUGACGAUCAUGAAGCUGCAUAACAAUCUGAUAAAACAGGUCUUGCAUCCUCUGGUGAGCAAGAUCAAAGCGUAUGUGAGUAGCUUGAACAACAGCCCCGGCACGAAUAGCGGGAAUAGCGGGAAAUAUCCCGGAGGCGGGAACUCGAGCGCGACCGCGACCAGUCAGUUCCAGGGCACGGAGAAGAUGCAGUCGGAGCUGACGUCGAAUUUAACGCAAAAGUCCACCUCCGAGUGGGUGAUGCAGAGCGAGAACACGCGAGCAGGCUUGAAGGACGUGGAGGACUUCUCGGAUCGGGACCUGGAGUCGAUCAAAUCCGGGAAUUACCUGCAGAUCGACUACGACAACAGCAACGCGAACUCGUCCACUCUGAGCGGCGCCAGCAUCUCCAGCCGGCCGAACACGGCGACCGCGACCACCGGGACGAAGAACGUGGUGCUGUUCCUCGAUCUCCACGGGCACUCCGCCCGAACGCAUGCUUUCCUCUACGGGUGUCUGCCGCAAAACAUCCGGGUGAAUGGGCAAAACAUCACGCCGCCGCUGCUGCAGGCCGCGUUCCUGGAGGAGGAAACCAACAUCGAGCUGCAGAAGCAGCUACUGGGGAAGAAGUUCGUGGAGGUCACGGGGACCGGGACCACGGUCGUAAACAACGGCCUCGCGGCGGGAGGCGCGACGGCGACCGGUGCUGGGGACGGAGCCGUGGGCGCGGGGAUGGGCGCGGGGGCAGCAAAUGGGACAAUGAACAACAACGCAGGGAAUACGGUAGGAGGAAGCGGGCACCAAAGCGGGGGCAUGGCGGGGGGUGAUACAACUGGAGCGGCAGCGGGGACAGCGGUCGGAGGAACGACAGACGACGCUUCAGGAGCUUCGCAGAACAACAAAGACGCCGUACCUCGGCAAAAUCAAAUCGUGGUGCCACCAAAAAUGUUGCGACUCUGCGCGCAGCACGCCGCGUUCCCAAAAAUCUGUGCGCUCGCGUCGACGGACUUCUGUCUGGCGCACUCCAACUGGGCCGUCAGCAAAGCACACCGGCGGGCCGCGCGUUGGGUGUUCUACAAACAGCUGGACAUCGUGCACUCGUUCACGGUGGAAAUUUCGCUGUUCGGCAUUUGCUCGCACGGCAGUCGCAAGCCCGAAGGCCAGCGUAGCAUACAGCUGUUCACGCCGCGCCGCGCCGAGUGGAUCGGCGUCGCCCUCGGACGAUCACUUGUGCCACACCUGCAGCCAGACAGCACCAACGCACUUGAAAUCGCAGCUAGUCCGUCGAGCUUGCCUUUUCUUACCUUCGACAAACUUCAGGGCGAGAAGCUGAUCGAGAGGGUACGUGUACACCUGCUGGCUGCUGUUGCUGAUUGGAUUCAGUUUCAUCUGAUAGUAGAGUACAUAGAUUAGAACAUUUGGUUGAGGUACGUACUUACACAUUAUGAGUGAUGCUUUUCACGCUUUCAUUUCCGUUACUAGGAUAUGGCUAUGGGACGGGUGCAGGACACCACCGACGCAAAUCAACCCAAGUACUGAAAGUUGGCUUACUGAACUUUCUCAUGGUGAAAAAACAGAUUCUCCGGUCCUUCGAGAUGCAGCUGCAAGAAGUGUUCUCACGCGAUAACACUCUUUCUGGCCUCAUGUCGAAGAUGGACGUGGGCGGGCACUCAGACAGCGACCACAGCGGUGAUGUAUCACAGUGAAAAAUGCCCCCACCCCCAAAUUUGCACAAAUUUGUGAUGCGAAGUUUCCAAAUGAAAACUUUUUGUCAUGCAUAAAAGGAGUAUGAGUCUUUGUUUCUGAUGGAUGCAGAUUCUCGGCUUGUAUCGCAUCGCUUGCAUGACAAGCGCCGCUCUUGCUGGGAUCUGUUGCGAUACAAAUUUUCGCUAUUCACGAUUGGAAAUCUGUGAUGCUGCUAGAUGCAAGAGGGCGAAUGCUUCUGUUGGAAAGGUUUGCAAUGCAAAUGCUCCCAAGUUCGGGGGUGGGGGCGUUUUUCAUGGUGAUAUGAUGAGGAGAAAACUUCCAAGAAAAAGAAGAAGGCGAGCGCUACGGGAGAUAAAAAGGACUCCGGCGGUGGUGGGGACGCCAAGAGCGGAGGCAACACGGGCGGCGGAGGUGGCGGAAAAAAGAAAACAGCUGGGGGCGCGACCGGCGGAAACAAGAAGAAAAAGACGGGAAAGUAG